AUGGAGGAGAAUACCGCAGACGGGAGAAUAUACGCGACUUUCGAACAACACCAACAAUACCAGGAUAUUCAACGAUCUUUAUUAUCAUGCAAUGUGUUACAGGAACCAACCAAGGAGGACAACAGCACAGAAGUGCUACUUUUGAAGAGAUUAUCCGAUAUCCUCAAUGAAUACCAGGAGCAACCAUACCUGCUCGACCCUUUUCUGGAAUGUUUGGUUUCUCCUGUAGUGGAGAGCUUAAAGACACACGCCAGAACCUUGGUUAAGGCUCCUGAGGAAAAACUCCCCGGUCUCAGAGUUGGACGAAUCGCUCUUUUGCUGUACGAGUACACGAAAUUUCGCGGAUACAAAAUAAUCACUAGAUUCUUUCCUCACGAGAUUGCCGACGUAUCAAUCGCGUUGGACUAUGUUCUCUUGCCAAACAGCCCUGCCAACGAUCCGUCUCAGUGGCACCUGCGAUAUGUUGUUCUGCUAUGGCUUUCGCUCAUCUGCAUGAUACCGUUUGAUUUGGAACAAUUUGACGAGCGUGACAAAAUUGGGGAGACUGCUCAGAAGAUCGAGCGUUUAGGACGUUCGUACCUAUGCAAGGCAGGCUUAGAGCGAGAGGGUGCAGCCAUCCUGUUGUCUAGACUGUACAUGAGGCAGGAUAUGACUGCGAAACUGUCCGAAUUUCUCCAGUGGUCGUUAUCAGUUAUCCAAGAACCAGCAGAUCCCUUCACGUCCUUAGGGCUUCUGCAAGUUUUGUGUGAAGUCGCGAAAUCUGGAUCUGUUGAACAAGUCAAGGCACAUCUGUCAUCACUCCUCAAUGUCGUACAGCUUGUGCAGGACCACAACACGCUGAUGAACGACACGGUUGUCAGGAAAAUGCGAGUGAAGCUGGCCUCUCGCAUCAUCUUGCGCCUUCUACCCGCUGGCGUCGCAACUCGCAGUAAAGGCCAUGUCUUGCCAUCUGCAUGGGCAUCCGAGAGCGAGUCAUUGCGUGAAAAGGAAGAUGAAGACUUCGAUGUGCCAGAAGAAGUCGACACAAUAUUGGAAGACCUAUUCCGAGCGGUACAAGACAAGGACACAGUAGUUCGAUGGUCUGCAGCAAAAGGGAUCGCUCGCGUUUCUGAACGUCUACCUGUCGAAUUCGCGGAACAGGUGCUUCAAACCAUCGUGGGUUUAUUCUCCAUUCACUCUAUUGCUACUGCAAGCCUUUAUGACAUGCCGACUGUUGCGGAAAGCACUUGGCACGGUGCAUGCCUCGCGUGUGCGGAGAUGGCGCGUAGAGGUCUUGUACCCGAUGACAAGCUUCCGGAGCUCAUAGGGUGGUUGUCCAAAGCUUUGUACUUCGAUAUACGCAAGGGUGCGCAUUCAAUCGGCUCGAAUGUCCGCGACGCUGCGUCAUAUGUCCUCUGGUCACUUGCGAGAGCUCAACGAGUUGCGGCACUAGUUCCGCAUGCAGAGACUCUGUCACACCGAUUGGUAGUUGUUUCCCUAUUCGACCGUGAGAUCCAUAUACGCCGUGCUGCAAGUGCGACGUUUCAGGAGUACGUCGGACGGACGGGUCUUUUCCCUCAUGGAAUUGAUGUUCUACGUAAGACUGACUUUUACGCCGUCGGUGUUCGCCGAAAUGCAUUUUUGACCGCUGCACCGGAGGUGGCAGAGCACACAGAAUACCGCCCAUCCAUGAUUACCCACCUUCUGACAGUUACACUACGACAUUGGGAUCCUACGAUGAGGGAGCUCGGAGCCCAGUCACUUCGGUGUAUCUGUCAGCUAGACCUCGCUUCUCUUGGCCCGAGUUCUGUGCAGAAGGCCUCUCAUAUAUUACCUGGCCCAGAUGCAAGUGAUAUACAUGGAGCUUUGUUGGCUCUGAAAGACAUAGCUUCUGCGUAUAGCGAAUCAAAUGAGCGACACGACUGGGAGGCAGAACGUCGUCAGGUAUUCGCACAUCUGUCUGAAGUUCCGCUACGCAUAGUGCAAUCAGCGCGGCAUGAAUUGGUCACUGCGACUGCCUGCCAGCUGAUCGCCAGUAGCAUCUCCGCGGUUGAGAUUCAGCUGGACCAAAGCACGGUGCCACAUUGGCGUCAGAUCGUCGAUUAUGGUCUGAAGAGUAAGAGCAGUGUCGUACAGGAAGCCGCAGCUACCUCUAUGGCUGCCUGUUCUCACUCGUGGUCCGCGUUUACGUUUAUCCUAGAUUUCCACUCUGCUUCAAUGUCAAUGCAUCAAAGCGUGAGCAGGAUGUUGGGCGUGCUGGAUUAUAACAUGAACUUUACUUCUAUCCCAUCCGCUAUUCAAUGCUUGUUGGAUUGUGUGGACCGCUCGGUACCUGCGAAUAUGUUGGAUAUUGAAACCAGGCGUAAUGCCUACACAUCUAUGUCACAGAUCAUCAGCAACGUUGCUGAAAAUAUUACUAAAUAUCUGCCCCCUACAAUCUUCCACCAGAUUAUGAAGGCCUUUCAAGAUGGCCUUACCGAUUACAGUGUAGAUGAGCGAGGAGACGUUGGCUCUUGGGCCCGGAUAGCCUGUGUGAGAGGACUCACCAGUACCACAGAGGUUCUCUUCACACGAGUCCCACCGAAUUUCGCCGAAUAUCUUCCAGCGACGACAUACCACAAUUACAUCGGUGGAAUAUUGAAACAAGGUGCGGAAAGGCUCGAUAAUGUCCGCCAAGUAGCUGGAGAGUGCUUCGUCCGUCUGCUCUUGUUGCCAUUGCCGACGAUCUCCAACGCAGACGAAUGGCGCAUUCAAGGUGAUAUCAUGAUGAAGGAACUCUUCCUCAGUGACAGCGAAGUGAUCGGUUGGAACGACAGCCUUUGGCUAUUCCCCAAAGUUGUCAUGUUGCUGGAUAUAGAAUUGUACCGCGACGCGAUACUUGCGGGACUUAUCUUGAGCGCAAGUAGCAAGACAGCCAGCACACAACGCCCAGUGUCUUCGGGCCUUGUGACUUACGCAAAUGCACUCCCUGUCGCAAUGACUGCGAGGGAUACCUACGACCUUUGUGGCUUUGCCAGAGAUCUUGUUGCUCAGGCCCAACGCAACGUCACAUCGAACACUCGCUUAAUACCUGUAUUACAAACUGUCAAUAUUCUGUUAGAGGCGAAUGUAUUCGAUCGACUUGGCUCGGACUCUGCUGGCUUGGACAGCUUGCAACAGCUUCUUUUGAUCACAACCAAGAACAUUUCUCGCCUCAAGAACCCGCUACGAAUCAUGAUAUCUAUGAGAAUCGUAAUCAAUCUAUGGACUAUAUCUCAACUGCGAGCUGCUUGUAGGAGCCAUUUCGCGAGUUUCCUGACACAUCAAUAUCCAAAGGUCCGAUCGGAUACUGCAGAAUAUCUCUACCUCAUCCUCCAAAGCAGAGACCUUGGAUUCGAGACCGAUGAUGCCGAAACUAUCCUUCUUGAGACGGAAUGGAUGUCAAGCGACUCUUUGUCUAUCCAAGGCGCGGCACAGCGGAGUGUUGAGCUGCUUUCAGCAGAUACUGAUCACUCUAUAUCAUACUGCGCAUACACUUAUUAG